GUUGAGCGCCGUGGCGAAUUGUGCGCGACAGCCGGUUCCGGAGGAGGGCGGGGCCAGGCCGGGUGGGUGGGAAGUGUGACUGGUAACCUGGCAGCCGCCGUGAGAAAGAAGAUUAUAAAUGCCAGAGCCAUUUAACUGAUGGUUAGCUGUUGAAUUCUGACACUUCUUUAAAUACCUUCAUGCACCAACGUCUUCACUGGAAAGAAUUCAGGAAAAGUAGCAGAGGGAGAGUCAACAUUUACAUGUACCAUGGCUAUACCAAUAACAGUGCUUGACUGUGAUCUCUUACUGUAUGGCCGAGGUCACCGGACAUUGGACCGUUUUAAGCUGGAUGAUGUGACUGAUGACUACUUGAUGUCCAUGUAUGGUUUUCCUCGACAAUUCAUUUAUUAUUUGGUGGAGCUCUUGGGAGCAAGUCUUUCUAGACCUACUCAGAGAUCUAGGGCUAUUAGCCCAGAGACACAGAUCCUUGCAGCAUUGGGCUUCUAUACUUCAGGUUCCUUCCAGACUCGGAUGGGAGAUGCUAUUGGAAUCAGUCAGGCAUCUAUGAGUCGAUGUGUUGCCAAUGUCACCGAAGCACUUGUGGAAAGAGCCUCACAGUUCAUUCGCUUUCCAGCUGAUGAAGCCUCCAUUCAGGCUCUGAAGGAUGAAUUCUAUGGGUUGGCUGGGAUGCCAGGGGUAAUAGGAGUGGUUGAUUGUAUUCAUGUGGCAAUCAAGGCACCAAAUGCUGAAGACCUUUCCUAUGUGAAUCGCAAAGGUCUACAUUCUUUAAACUGCCUGAUGGUGUGUGACAUCAGAGGAGCAUUAAUGACUGUGGAGACAAACUGGCCAGGCAGCCUACAGGACUAUGCUGUGCUGCAACAGUCUUCUCUCAGUAGUCAGUUUGAAGCUGGAAUGUACAAAGAUAGCUGGCUGCUUGGUGACAGUUCCUUCUUUCUCCGUACCUGGCUUAUGACCCCUCUUCACAUUCAUGAAACUCCAGCUGAAUAUCGCUAUAAUAUGGCUCAUUCUGCAACUCACAGUGUGAUUGAGAAGACUUUCCGAACCCUGUGCUCCCGAUUCCGCUGCCUGGAUGGAUCCAAGGGGGCACUGCAGUACUCACCAGAGAAGUCCAGCCACAUCAUCUUGGCUUGUUGUGUCCUCCAUAACAUCUCCCUGGAGCAUGGGAUGGAUGUUUGGUCCUCUCCAAUGACAGGACCCAUGGAACAGCCCCCCGAGGAAGAGUAUGAGCACAUGGAGUCCCUGGACCUAGAGGCUGACCGGAUCCGUCAGGAGCUGAUGCUUACCAAUUUUAGCUAAUGUGAAAGGGUGGGAGGAGGAGGGAAGCUUUCCAGAAAGAAUUGUGACAAACUUUCCCCCUCACCAACUACCACACCGUUUCAUCAUCUAGCAUGACUGUGGACACUUGUCACAAAUUGACAGUUAAUCUGUGUGUGUUUUUAGAAGAGUUGGGGCUAUGCCAGAAUAUCUUGAUUCAUUUGUAAUUUUACUAGCUAAACCAAAACCAGGACAA